CAUGAUUGUGGAACAGACUGUAGCUUUACCCAUUAACAUCUAUCUAUCUAGGGAUUAUCUUGAUCCGGUGUUUAUUUUGAUGUAUCAAGAACUAUACCUGCUGGCAAAGUGAGAACCACAGACUCACUCGCAUGCUCGUGUCCAGUGUGGUUCAGAUAAUAGAUAGUUAUUGACAUCACUGUGACCCACUCCCUGACCUAGCUCGCAGAGAAGAGAUAGGCGAGCCAAAGCGAAGCAGGACACUAUAUCAACUUACACUAUGCAGAGUUGACGCUCGUUCUCAUUGUGUCGACAGUGCAGGGUGCGGGUGCAUGUGGAAACACAAGGGUGGCCUUUUAGAGUACAAGUUUGAUUUGUGUACCCAGACAGCCUUAGUAGGGGUGGGGAACGCUUGUAUGUGCCCCCUGAAACGGAUGCAAGGAGGGUCUCUUGUAUGUCCCCAUACGGACCCUUGUAGGGUCGAAGCACGCUUGUGAGCAUCCAUACGGGCCCUUGUAACGGUGACGGACGCUGGUGUGUACACUCAGGGAUCAUUGUAACGUCGAGGGAUGUUUGUGUUCAUCAAUAUGGAUUUUUAAAAGGCGACGGACACUUAUGUGUACCGAUAAGGACUAUUGUAACGCUGACGGACGCUUGUGUAUACCCACGGGUACGUUUGCAAGGGGUAGACGCUUGUUGGUACCCGUAGAGGUGCUUCUUACGGCGAAUGUCUCUUGUGACGGGGAGGAGCCCUUCUGUGUACCCUUAAUAUGGUUGAAUGGGUGAGAGCUUUGUGCUAACCCCGACAGACGCUGGUAGGGUGUUUUGACACUUGUGUUUACCCCGAGAGACGCCACCUGGGUGUAUAGACACUUGUGUUUACCCAUAGAGACGCUGCCUGGGUGUGGGGACGCUUGUGUUAUACCCUGAGAGACGCUGGUAGGGUGUAUAGACACUUGUGUUAUACCAUGCAGGACGCUGGUGGUGUGUAGGGACAUAUGUUUACCCGAGAGACGCUGUCAGGGGGAGGGGCGCUUGUGUUUAACAUGAGAGACGUUAGCAGUGUAUAUGGACGUUUGUGUUAUACCCUGGGAGACGCAGCCUAGGUGUAGGGACGCUUGUGUUAUACCCUUGGAGACGCUGGCAUUGUUAAGGGACACUUGUGUUUACCCGAGAAACGCUGCCGGGGUGUAGGGACGCUUGUGUUAUACCCUGAAAGACGCAGGCAGGGUGUAGAGACGAUUGUGUUUACCCCGAGAGACGCCGCCUAGGUGUAGAGACGCUUGUGUUAUACCCUUGGAGACGCAGGCAGGGUGUAGAGACGAUUGUGUUUACCCCGAGAGACGCCGCCUAGGUGUAGAGACGCUUGUGUUAUACCCUUGGAGACGCAGGCAUUGUUUAGGGACGCUUGUGUUAUACCCUGAGAGACGUUGCCGGAGUAAAGGGACGCUUGUGUUUACCCUGAGAGACGCUGCCGGAGUAAAGGGACGCUUGUGUGUGCCCCGAGGGACGUUGCCGGAGUAAAGGGACGCUCGUGUGUGCCCUGAGAGACGCUGCCGGAGUAAAGGGACGCUUGUGUGUGCCCCGAGAGACUGUGUACUCGUAUUUGAAAAAGAGACAUGGAGGACCAUCACCAACACCAUCAUCAUCAUCAUAUGACGACCACGGAGUCGAACCCAGGCACGUCACCUCCGUCGGUGGAUCAUAUCUCUCACCACGGCCACCACAUCAUGACGUUUCAGUUGUGGACAUCAUCCAGUCUCCUGUUCCGGUUCUGGUAUCUCGACUCCAUGCACGGACUGGUGACAGCUAUGGUGUUUUCGUCUGUCCUUUCUGUGGUGUACGAGGGCUCCAAGUUCUACUACCACAUCGGCAAGAUCCUCCAAACCAGAAAGUCCACCAACAGGUGGCAGGGCACGCUCGUGGCCCACUACGUGUCCCGGAUGUGGAAAGCCUUGGCCUAUACAAUCCACUUUCUGAUUGGCUACAUCCUCAUGCUGUGCACUAUGACCUAUAACGUAUGGAUUUUGCUUGCUGUUUGCAUCGGAGCAGGGAUUGGCCACUUCUUUCUUCUACCUCUCAUCGUGCACGUGCUGAACAAAGUCACAGACGAAGAGACUCGUUCUGCACGUGCAAACACGACCCCAGUUACAAGGUGUAACAGGGAGUCCGACAAGUCCGACAGUUCGGAUUCAGUCGAGACGGAUAGCAUACAUCGAGCUCGAAACAACGAGAAUGACUGUCUCCUUGAACUUCCUUUGAAUAUCCUUGAACAGAACUCGGUUGUUCGAGAAACAAUGUUGUGACAAUGAUAUACCCCCAGUUGCCUUACUUCAUACAACAGGUGCGUCUUGUUCCUCUUCUGGUGAAACAGGCCAUGGAUGACAAAUAAAAAACCCACAAAACACAACUGUAUAAUAAACAGGGAUAUACCAACUGAAACAAACCAGUUCAAAAGUCCCGUCUACUUUGAGAUAUAUUAUCAUUUACCAUUGUGUGGGUCGUAGAAUACAGUAGAACACGGAUAUAACGAACUACAAGGGACCGGAAAAAUCAGUUCGUUAAUACGUUUCCGGUCGGAAAUGUCCGCCAUCUUGGAUCAAACAAAAUUCAAUACACGUAACUGCAUAUUUCACUUGUAUUAACAGUGAUCGAUCUGUUCCUUGAGUGAGUGAAUGUUGUUUUGUGAAAUCCACACUGUGUUUCCUACUCAGCAAAACGACAGAAACUUCGUUCAUGUUGGACACCUGUACACGAUGCCACGAGACACUCACCAAGAAUAACUUUGGCCAUCUACGACACUGUUGGAUUAUGUGUUUAUGUGUAAACUGGGUGUUUAAACUUUCAACUUACUUUACCUCUUACCAACAUAUUUUACAAGGACCAUCUGGCACCUCGUUCCAUUAAGAUCCAGGGUCAUUGAUCGGAGUUUCACAUUAUAUUUCCGUGUUAUGUAUUUUGUUGUUCAAUCUUGUUUGCGUACAUGUGCUUUAUUUGAAUUUCAGGAUAUGAUUUAGGCGAAAAUAAUAACGUUUGGGAAGUCGUCGCAAUUCCCUGCGCAGAGUUGCGUCCCUUGGGCACGCCAGAACCUAUAAUUGUAGGUUCGAAUCGGUUUGCCCCUAUUAUGAGUGGGUUGUCAGCACCACAGCCGUGCUCGUGGGUUUCGUCUAAGACGUGCAUAAAUUCAGGCUGUCCUCCCACUUAAAGCUGAAAUGUUAUGAUACAAUAUUGUUCACAGAGCCGUUAUACCCAACUCACUCACAGACCGCCAGAACCGUGAAGAUCCGGGAUGGAAUAGGUCUUCAGCAACCCAUGCUUGCUAUAAAAAGGGCGACUAUGCUUGUCUUAAGAGGCGACUAACGGGAUCGGGUGGUCAGGCUCGCUGGCUUACUUGAUGCAUGUCAUCGUAUCCCAAUUGCGUGUAUCGAUGCUCAUGAUGUCAUUCACUAGUUUGUCUGAUCGGCGUUAAACAAAACAACAACAACAACAAAAACAAAACAAAAACAAAAAACGCCGUCAAAUAGCUGGAUUACAUUAUUUUCUCGGCUUGGAAGGAGUUGUUGAAAACAUUCUCUCAAUGGCCACGUUUACCACCUUCACAUGAGUUUUUUGGAAAACUUAGUUAUUUUAGCUGCAUUUGGAAACCCCUCACAACAGGGUGAUUUCCCCUCGUAUCCCAUGAUGUUUAAAGAUAUUAAUACCAUUAUCAAGCGUUAUGUAUGAUCAUAAUAUAAUGAAAUAAAGUUGCAGUUUUGUCCCAUUAAUACUCACAUAUUUUCAUUUUUUACAAAACGGAACUUUGUCUGUGGAAACCCAUGUAUAGUUUCCUGUACAACCGGUACAAUGUUCAUACCUUUUUAAUAAAAAUAAUAAACAUAAUACAAAA